CACCAAUUGAAGCACAGACCCGGCUUGGCAAACAAAUUCGUCCCGCGUGCCGGAUCCGAUUGUGAGCCGCCAGAGGACCCAACCCGGACUCCAUCACGCCGCCCCCCCGAUUCCAGUCCAGUGUGAGUCCCGCCCAGGCCGCGGACUUCGAAUCUCAAACCCUUGACUGCGUCCGAGACAUUCCCACUUCCCGACGACGCGGACACGACUGCGACGACGACCGACAGCGACGAAUAGCCUCCCGCCCGCCCGUCCCAAACCCCGUUAAUUGCGCCGUCGCUUUUGCCAUCUCGGUCCCGGCGCAUCGCUUCUCUGUUCUCGACCUCUUCUCGAUUUUGCGACAGUCAAAACAAAAACCAACUGAAAUUGAGCCAAGAGAUACCCCCCCCAACCACACCAUCCAAAAUGUCGUCCUUCCUCGUCCGCCCCUCCUGCCUCCGGGCCAGCACGACCACCACCCUCGUCCAGCAGCAACUCCGCGCCCUAACAACCACCACCCCGCACUUCUACCACCAACCGCGCGUCCCCUCCUCCUCCAUCCCCAUCCCCAACGUCUCCGGCCGCGUGCCCCUCCCCGACUCUACCUCCGUCCCCGAGGACUUCAAGAUCGAAAUCCCUUCCUACCCGUACGGCCCCCGCCGCGUCUACCACCAAUCCAACACGGGUCUCUACGGCUCCGCCCUGAUCCGCUUCGGCAACAACGUCUCCAAGCGCAACGAAAUCAAGACGCGCCGCAAAUGGCGUCCCAACGUACAGCAAAAGCGGCUCUGGUCCAAGUCCCUUGGCGUCUUUGUGCGCACGCGCGUGACCACUCGCGUCUUGCGCACCAUUGACAAAGUCGGUGGUUUGGACGAGUACUUGCUUGGCCACAAGGCGGCGCGCGUCAAGGAGCUGGGGCCCUGGGGGUGGAUGUUGCGGUGGCGAAUCAUGCAGACGCCUGAGAUCAGGGAGCGGUUCGCCAAGGAACGGGAGGCGCUGGGGUUGUCUCCUCAGGCCAAAGAAGAAGAAAAGAGUCUGGAGGAGCAGUUGAGGGAGUUUCAGGUUGCGGGGAUCCAGUUUGCCGAGGGCAAGGAGCCUAAGAGUAAGGGACAACUGAAGGAGGAGGCGGAUCGGUUGAUUAAGAAGGCGGAGACGGAGGAGUUUGGGUUGGGACAGGAGGAGGAUCUGUUUAUGAAGGAGGAGCCGAAGCCCACCAAGAUGGCGUAGGGGGAGGUUUUGCUGAGCUAUAAAGGUCCGUGCUACUGAACCGGGUCGGAUUACCGUCUGGUUGAUAGAGAGGUGACGGCUGUACCAUAUCUUUGUGUGAAUAAAAAAUGGGAUUUCAAAAGAGAUUGGAAGGCAGGUAUUGUGGACGACUGAACUUCGUGAUACCAGUGAAUUUAUCCAACAAAUUCACAUUAUCUUGUUGAGAGCUAUCGACGAGUGUACAAAGUUCAUGUACAGGGCUAGUCACGAUGGUUAAAAAAAGGGUCUAAGCGGAUGAGCCUGCUUGAGAACCGGCGACUUUCACUGACAAACUAUCCAAACGCCUCAAGUCCACAAUGCAAAAUCAUGUACAAGGGAAUUGCUCCAUAGACUUCUGAAUUCGUCAUGUACCAUUAUUCAUCAUACAAGCUACGUGAAAAGCCAAAAUCGCCCCCUUUUUGUGUACCAUUCAAGAAAACAGAAAAAAAAAAAA